AUGGCUGCCUCUCAAUAUUGGCUCUCUCUUCUGGUCCUCUCCUGCUGUGUGGCUCUCUUGCUGCCACCGUGUGCUCAGGGGGCUCCACAGGAGCCAGUGUACCCUGGCGAUGAUGCCACCCCAGAGCAGAUGGCUCUGUAUGCUGCAGAACUCCGAAGAUAUAUCAAUAGGCUGACCCGGCCCAGGUAUGGGAAGAGAGCAGUGGGCCAGAGAAUCUUCCAGGAUGGAGUGGAUAUCUUGGAGUAGGUGGUUCUGCUGCGCAUUCCCAGGACACCCAGUCAUCUGAAACAUCAGCGCUCCUGCCUCAUUCCCCUUUCCUCAUUUCCAGAGCCCUGUAGGAAGUCUUGGUCCUAGCUCCUAUGGCCCUGGCAGAAGCUGAGCCAUAGAGUUCUAUCCUCAUCCCUAAACCAGGCUUAAUAAAGCUGAAUCAAAAUCACA